CCCGCACGCGCGCCUGCGCACAAACGCGUCCUGCUGACGUGGACGGGCGGCGGGGCCGAGCCCAGCGCUGCGGCUAAGGAGUCCGGCGGCCGCUGCGGCGAGGCGGGGAUGGCGGCGCGCGGGGCACCGGGGGCUGCCGGCCGGCGCCCAUGGCUGCUGAUGGCGCCGGCGCCGCCGCCGCCGCUGCUGCUGCUGCUGCUGGUGCCGCUGCUGCUGGCGCCGCGGCCCGCCGAGGCCCUGGUGGAGGGGUUGUACUGCGGCGCGCGCGACUGCUACGGGGUGCUGGGCGUCAGCCGCUCGGCCAGCAAGGCGGAGAUCGCGCGGGCCUACCGCCAGCUGGCCCGGCGCUACCAUCCCGACCGCUACCGGCCCGAGCCGGGAGACGGCCCCGGGGCCGCGCCGCCGAGCGCCGAAGCUUUCCUCCUGGUGGCGACCGCCUACGAGACGCUCAAGGAUGAAGAGACACGGAAAGAUUAUGACUACAUGCUGGAUCACCCGGAGGAAUACUAUAGCCAUUACUACCACUACUACAGCAGGCGCCUAGCUCCAAAAGUGGAUGUUAGGGUGGUGAUUUUGGUCAGUGUGUGUGCCAUUUCAGUGUUUCAGUAUUUCAGCUGGUGGAAUAGCUACAACAAAGCAAUCAGCUACCUUGCCACAGUACCCAAAUACCGCAUCCAGGCAACAGAAAUUGCCAAGGAGCAAGGACUGCUCAAAAAAGCCAAAGAGAAAGGGAAAAAUAAGAAAUCCAAAGAAGAAAUCCGUGAUGAGGAGGAGAACAUUAUAAAGAACAUUAUAAAAAGUAAGAUAGACAUAAAGGGGGGCUACCAGAAACCCCAAGUACGUGACCUCCUCCUAUUUCAAGUCCUCCUCGCUCCUUUUCACCUGUGCUCAUACGUAGCUUGGUACUGCCGGUGGAUCUAUAACUUUAACAUUAAAGGCAAAGAGUAUGGGGAGGAGGAGAGACUCUACCUCAUACGAAAGUCCAUGAAGAUGUCCCAGUCUCAGUUUGACAGCCUGGAGGACCAUCAGAAAGAAACGUUUCUUAAGCGGGAGCUUUGGAUAAAGGAGAAUUACGAGGUCUACAAGCAGGAACAAGAGGAAGAAUUAAAGAAAAAAUUGGCAAGUGACCCUCGGUGGAAGCGAUACCGGAGAUGGAUGAAGAAUGAAGGGCCUGGACGGUUGACAUUUGUGGAUGAUUGAAGAUUAACGGAACGCUGCUAUGUCUGACUUUAAUUGUGAUAUCGUUUUCAUAGCAGUUACUUGAGAUAUUUCUGCUGGUCUCAGCAGUAACUAAAGUUCGUGAGAUAUGAUUAAACAGAAUAAUGUAGAAAUUUCAGCUUUCCCAUAAAACUUUCUACAGAAGACAUUUAUGAUGGUUCAAUUUUUAUAAUCUAUUUGUGAAUUUUGUUAAAAAAAGAUUUGACAUGGGAAUUUAUUAGUUGCCAUUUAAAAUUUUUAUAUGUUUAGUUAAAUUUGACAUGAACUUUAUUAGAUAACAUUUAAAACUUCUGUGUGAAGUGUUUCUUCUUCAAGAGUGUUCCCUUAUGUUUUCAUAUUGCUACAUUUUUCUUCUUUCCUGGUCUCUGUUUUUACAGAACAGCAACAAAAGUUACAACAGCACUUGAUCAUAUUAUUGUGUCUUUCUGGACACACAUUUCUUCAGGAAACCAUUCAGUGUCAUGUUGUCCUUACUGUAGUCCUUACAGGUUUGAGUAUGUUCAAAGUAAUCUCUAGGAGAGUCUUGUAGAAUCUCUGCAGUUCCCUCUCAGUAAUUCUACUCUUGAUAAGAUCAGAAACUCUCCAGGAGAGUGGGUCACCACCAUGUCCUUGUGGGAUGUGCUUGAUUACAGUCUCAUUAUAGGACUCUAAAACAUUUCUGCAGAGGGGACCUUGUGAAAAGGUCUUUUGUACCACUCCCUCCCUCCCUUCUUAUGAAUUACUUGUGUGGUGAAAAUGUAAUGCCCAUGAGGUCAUUUACAUGCAUUUAAACUAGAAAGAAGAUAGGCAUGGCUGUGUGCCAUUCUCUCAACCACUAGGGUAUAAAUGUUUUUUAUUCAUAUAGAAGUGGAAGUAAAUGACAGCAUUGACUGAAUCACACCUGAUACUAUAUCAGAGGACUGCAUGUAUUCAUAUGCAGUACUCUUGUUAAAGUUUUACACCACUGCUUCAUAUUAAUAAAAUGGCUGUGAUCUACCAUGCUGCCUGGUAGGGUUACUUAAAGAUGAACAUAUUGCCUUUGUAACAUAAUUUUAAAAAAAUAUUAGUGUAGCAUAGUAGAUAUGCAAGCUUUAUUUCUAAGUGAAGUAAAUUAGUUCUUUUAAAAGCUCAACCCAGGCACUGGGGAGCUCAGUUGGUAAAGUGCAAAGAGUGGGCAGUGACUUUGGUUCCCCACAUCAGUCAAUCUUCCGUAAAAAUUGCCAGGCAUGGUGGUGUGUUCAAACCAGAGAACCUGUUUCAAAAAAUAAGGUGGACAGCAUCUGAAAAAUGAAAACCAAGCUUGUCCUCUGGCCUUCAUAUACACCCACAUACUUGUGCAUCUGCUUACAUGUGAACACACACACACACACACACCAACACACAAAGCUCGGUCCAAAUAAUGAUAUACGCAGAGUUCCAUCCCUGCCAAUAAGUCAAAAGACUUGAGGUCAGUUAUUUAAAGUGAAUGAAUUUCAGUUGCUAGUUACAAAAAUAGAAUUUGACCAGGCUGUCAGUAGGGCUCUGCAGUUUUGGGAUUCUGAAACGAUAUAAUUAUUUAGAGUUCUAUAAACUUUAGUUGGAAAUGUUUUAUGUAACUUCUUUUGGGUUGUGGAGAAUCAUAUAAUUAGCACACACUGCUGGUUAUUAUCUGUGAACAAAUUUAUGUCAUAUAAGGACCAGGAAGAAAUACCAGUACUAGUGUACAUCGACAUUUUCCUAGAAUUCUCUAGUUGCCUGUAUUUUUCUAGUUUGAUUUCUGUUACUGUUACAAGCACCCUGACAAAAAGCAACACAAAGAGAAAAGGGUUUAUUUGGCUUACAGUCCCAGGUUACAAUCAGCCAUUGUUAUAUCACACCCACAGUCAAAGGCAAGGAGACAAUGUAUCUUUGCCUCUCAUAUUGUUCAGCAUUUCCUUGCUAGGGAAUGGUGCUGCCUACAGUUGGCCGGGUCUCCCUGCAUCUCUUCUCAAGGCAAUCCCCCAGAUGUGCCCGCAGGCCAACCUCAUUGAGGCUGUCUGUUCCCGGUUAACCUGAGGUUGUAUCAAGUUGGCAAUGAAAAGUAACCAGCACACCUGUUUAUAAGGAAAGUGGGAAGAAAGAUGUUCAGCCAAUGAAAACUCUGUGUCUUUGGGUGCUUUGUCUGUCUUUUUAUUUCUGUAUUGUAGAAUGUUAUUAAUGUGGGAGUUUGGACACAGUCAUUGCAUGAAUCAAGGUGGACUCUUACAGAAAGAUGACAGUUUUCCCCUUCCCCUCAAUUCACUGUGCUUUAACGUCUCAACAUGAAGGAAAGGCCAUUGCUUGCUACAGUCACCAUGUUUCAAUGCACUCUGCCCAUCUUCCACCCAAACCAAAUCUCUCCAUUUUAGAAACACCUAGAAAAGACCAGAGGCCCUUACAGCUUCAUUAGUGUAGGAGUAUGGGUUAUGACUUCAUCAGUGUAGGGUUAGGGUUAUGACUUCAUCAGUGUAGGGUUAGGGUUACAACUUCAUUAGUGUAGGUUAGGAUUAUGACUUCUUUAGGGCUAGGGUUAUGACUUCAUUAGUGUAGAAGCAUGGGUUAGGGUUAUGACUUCAUUAGUGUAGGUUAGGGUUAUGACUUCUUUAGUGUAGGGCUAGGGUUAUGACUUCAUUAAUGUAGGGUAUGGGUUAGGGUUAUGACUUCAUUAGUGUAGAAGCAUGGGUUAGGGUUCGUUGUUAGCACGUAGUGUUCAUCGCUGCCUAUUCAUCAUCAGCUCAUGUCAUUGAAGUCUGAAAAAUUGCCCUUUGGAUUUUAUUCAUAUAAAAACCUUCAUAACAGAA